CUUUGGGUUACGGGACGGCAGACACACACGUCUGUUUUGCCUUGCUCCAACAGAGCACUUGGGCACUGGGAGGUCUUUGCACGCUUCCGGGCAAUGGUUUUCCGAUGGCAAGGCCCAAGAGAUUGCAAGAACCCAGGAGGAAGCAUUGCAGUUUGGACCUUGGUGCCACGGGUCAUUUUGUGCCUUGGUGCCUUCAUUCCACCACAAACUAGUGAAUCUGGUUCGCAGUGCGCAGAUCGGAUGUGUGUUCGAAAACCUCAGCUCAGGAUGCUCAGAUGGUGAUCCUUGAAGGAGGCUCCCGAUUUUUUGGACAUUGGAUGGAUGGAAUGAAGACCGGAUUCGGCAUCCUUGAGCGUCCUGAUGGUAGCCGCUAUGAGGGCGACUUCCAGAAUGACAAAGCGAGUGGGCAGGGAACGUUGGCGUGUGCCUCUGGUGAUGUCUACGAAGGCCAAUGGGCCGAUGGCCAGGCGCACGGCUUUGGGCGCUUCACGCAAGCCAAUGGCAGCUACUACGAGGGCCAGUGGGCUUUUGACCAGCAAGAAGGAUUUGGCAUUGAAACCUGGCCAGAUGGUUCCCGAUUCGAAGGCUGCUACAAGGGCAACCUGAAGGAAGGCCCAGGAACCUUCACUUGGGCGAAGGGAGCUUCAUACACCGGCGAGUUCAGCAACAAUGUCCUUCAUGGCUCUGGCGAAUACAGGUGGCCUGAUGGCAGACACUACUCUGGUCAAUGGCUGAACAAUGCAUUGAAUGGCAUGGGUGAAAUGACCUGGCCAGACGGCCGGUGCUAUCGAGGCCACUACCGGCAGGAUCAAAAGCAUGGAGAAGGAUGCUUUCGCUGGGCCAAUGGAAGCCAGUACAGCGGCCAAUGGUUGCAAGGAAAGCAGCAUGGCUUUGGAAGGUUCAAGGGGCGUGAUGGCAAGGUUCGAAGGGGUCAAUGGGAAGAUGGUGUGCUAAUCGGCUGGUUAGAAGCUCCACGUGAUGAAGAGCCAACGGACCGUUUCAUCCCUAAGGGCGGAAAGCUUGCGUCAUCCACACUGGAAACUUCUGAAGGCACGGUGUCAAAUGCAGCCACUCACAAUCUGUGAGUUGGUCGGCCUGAAGUCUAAGUCUAGUCUUGUAUGUCAUGGUUUGUAUUUCUUGAACAUUCGACUGCGAAGCAGAGGCUGACCCUAUCGUAGUACUUCAAUGCUCCUAGGUUUGGACAUCCGAUGUACUUUCACAGCGGCCACCGGUGCCAAAGUGCACCAAUUCAGGGCGCUCAGAAGCACUGUGAAUCGUAUGCUGACCUGGGGC